AUGAAGAGUUUUUUCCUAGUUGUGAAAAUCGUUGCAUUAGCCUUGCCAUUUUUGGGUGCAGAGGUGCAAAACCAGGAACAACCAACUUGCCAUGAAAAUGAUGAAAGACCAUUCAAUCAGAAAACUGCCAAGUAUAUCCCAUUUCAUUAUGUGCUGAAUAACUAUCCUCUCUAUGAACACACUUAUUACCCACAUAGACCAGCUGUACCAAUUAAUCAAUAUGUGCCUUAUCCAUAUUAUGCAAAACCAGUUGCAGUUAGGCCACAUGCCCAAAUUCCUCAAUGGCAAGUCCUGACAAAUGCCUACCCACCCACCGUGGUACAUGGCCCACACCUACAUCCAUCAUUUGUUGCCACCCCCGCAAAGAAAAUUCAGGAUAAGACAGGCAUCCCUGCCAUCAAUACCAUUGUUACUGCUGAGCCUACACUUAUUCCUACCACUGAACCAAGAGUGGACACUGUAGUCACUUCAGAGGCUUUCACAGAAUUCACCAUCACAAGCACACCUGAGACUACCACAGUUCCUGUUACUUCACCUAUGGUCUAA